GCAGGAUCGCCAAAACGUCCAAAAGCCCGCGAGUCAAUUUUUUCUACUGUUCUUCGCUGAUCGCUACCGCGCACACAUCCAAAACUCUUCAUCUCUCUCUGUCUCUCUUCUUUCUCUACCGCUUAAUCAACGGCGGCGAUCAAUUUUCCGAUCAGCUACUCCGUCCUCUGUUUCGCGCUGGCAUCUGCAAACAAUACGACGUCGUCUCCUCCAUAAUUCCGCAUCAAUGCGUUUCCACUCUUUCACUUGAUCGCACUGGUUUUGAAGUUUGCCGCGUGGAGCAACUGCAGCCAAUUGUUCCAGCACUUUCUCUCACGUAGCACAGAUAGAAUUUAUCAGUAUGGAGUUCAUCCGUAAUUUAGUCGGUUGAGGAUCAUCGUCACAACCACCGCAUGACGUUGCUGUUUGUCGACAUAUCUAAACACAAAUCCAUUUUCAUACGCUCGUUCAGCUCCUCAUGUUCUCAAAAGCCUUCACGUUUAGUAAAGACAUUCGGAACUUGGCGUCUGAAAUGUUCCCGGGCCAAGUCGAAGCCGCUUUGAAGGAGGCUCCCGGUGCCAAAACCGCGCCGGAUAAGGUUAUCGUCGCCAUCAAGGCUGAGAGAGUGAUUUCCAAAACUGCACUGGCUUGGGCUCUUACCCAUGUGGUCCGUCCCGGUGACUGUAUAACCCUGCUCGCUGUCUUCUCCGUCGAGAAAACUGGCAGAAGGUUCUGGAAUUUUCACAGAUGGAGUGGGGAUUGUGCGAAUGCUGUUCAGGAGAAUCUGCCGGAUCGGGUACAUGAGAUCUCCGAGUCAUGUUCACAGAUGGUGCUUCAUUUCCACAAUCAAGUUGAGGUUAAAGUGAGAGUUAAGGUGGUCACAGGAACACAGGGAGGAGCUGUCGCUGCUGAAGCAAAGUUAAAAGGAGUUAAUUGGGUCGUACUAGACAGGAAAUUGAAGAAUGAGGUAAAAAGUUGCCUGGAAGAACUGAGCUGCAAUAUUGUUACAAUGAAAGGGUCUCAACCGAAAGUUCUCAGGCUUAAUUUGGAGUGUUGGAGUGAACCUCAAACUCCUUUCUUUUCAGCUAAUUCGUCUCCUGUUCGAAAAGGUCAACAAAAUAGGAUGAAGCAGACAGCUUCACUAGCAAGCAGACCGGAAGAAGAACCUAGUGCCUCAUUCAGAAAAUCCUCUAAAGAAGGGUCAAAAUUGGGUACUGAUGCAGUGUCUUCUAUUUUCCUUGUGUAUGAGCAAAACCCUCUAUAUGAAGGGAACUUAAAAGGCAAUCACUUGCCAAUUAAUGAGACUAACGAUUUAAGCAUUUCAGUAUCGUCAUCCAACUCAGUGGAAGAAAAAGUUCUGUCUCUACCUCCAACAUCUGUGGCUUCAAAUCAAAAAUGUGUUUAUUGGAUUUCUCAGAACCAUAACCUUUCUGAGGGAAAAACUCUAUCCAAGUCCAAAAGAAGAUUCCUUAAAUUUGCUUCAACUCCCAAGGUGCCAUUCAGUAAUCCUUCAAGUCUUGAGAAGAGUGCGACUUUUGAAGAUAUGAGGCUCAACCAGUCUGAGAGAAAGGAUUACAUUGUGGACUCAAAUAUCAGGGAUGCUGUCUCUUUGGGCAGAGCAUCCUCUGCACCCCCUCCUCUGUGCUCAUUAUGUCAACACAAAGCGCCGGCUUUUGGAAAACCUCCCAGACAGUUCACUCUCAAAGAGCUUGAGGAAGCUACUGACAGAUUUUCGGAUUUGAACUUCUUGGCAGAAGGCGGUUUUGGAAUUGUUCAUAGAGGAAUCUUGAGAGAUGGUCAAGUUGUAGCUGUGAAGCAGUUGAAAUGUGGAGGCUUACAAGCAGAUGCCGAUUUUUGUCGAGAAGUUCGGGUGUUGAGUUGUGCACAACACAGAAAUGUAGUGUUGCUGAUUGGGUUCUGUAUUGAGGACACCAUGAGGUUAUUGGUUUAUGAGUACAUAUGCAAUGGUUCAUUGGAUUUCCAUUUACAUGGGAGUAGAAGCCAGUUAGAUUGGCAUUCAAGGCAAAAGAUAGCAAUAGGAGCAGCACGGGGUUUACGUUAUCUUCACGAAGAUUGCAGAGUUGGGUGUAUAGUGCAUAGAGAUAUGCGACCUCACAAUAUCCUCCUAACUCAUGAUUUUGAACCCAUGGUUGCUGAUUUCGGGCUGGCAAGGUGGCAUUCUAAAUGGUCUACCAGUGUUGAGGAGCAAGUUAUUGGAACUUCAGGGUAUCUAGCACCAGAGUACAUCAAUGGCGGUAUGGUAUCACAAAAAGUGGAUGUAUAUGCAUUUGGCAUGGUUUUAUUAGAGUUGAUUAGUGGUAAAAGAAGCUGUGAGCUGCACCGUCUAGAGGGAAAACAAUUUAUAUCAGAAUGGUUCCACCCCAUCUCUGCGUUGCAAAUUCAACAUUUACUAGCUAGUAGUAACCAUUUGGUAGAUCCAUGCUUAGCAUCCGAGCAAUCCCCCGACUUCUGUUAUCAACUGCAUUCUAUGGUCCGUGCGGCUUCCUUGUGUCUAUGUCCAGAUCCUGAAUCAAGACCCUCAAUGUCAAAGAUUCUUCGAGUGCUAGAAGGAGGAGAUCCAGUUGUUCCUCUUGGUUUAGACUUCGAUCCAGUCGGCUGCAGAAGUGCACACUUGGAUGGUUUAACGUCUCACAAACCAAUCGAAGCAAGAAGAAGCCAUACUCGUACACUCUCACAAUGAAACAACAGUUCAGUUUUGAGUAGGAAAGGUCUGAACGAACCGCUUUCACAUUUGCUGUCCAUUUUUUUUCUCCAAAUGAUCAUAGUCAUCACCUAAAUUAGGUGUGUUACUUGUAAAAUAUGGUAAAUAUUUAAUCUCUACUUGUAAAUUAGGUCUGAACGAUGCGUGUAGGCUUAGAUCAGCCAAGGGAUUGGAUCUCAAGAUCCCACUAACGAAUCUUAUGAGAGUGU